AUGCCUCGCAAACGUAAGUCCAGCCUUUCAAGAGUAUCUUCUCAAAGACAAGCGAAAAGAUUAGCUAUAUCCCUAGAAUCUUUAGAAGAUGCUGAACUGAGAAGGCAAGAAAAAGCAGAGCGUCAGGCUGUUUUUAGAGCAUCUGAGACAUCUUCUCAACGUCAGCAAAGGCGUCUUGAACAGGCAGAGCGUCAAGCUACUUUAAGAGCUAUUGAAACACUCUGCUCAAAGUCAGCAAAGGCUAUUCGAACAAGCGGAACGUCAGGCCGACUUAAGAGCAGCGGAAACACCUGA